GGAAGGAGCCAGUGGAGCCUGGCGAGGGCCUGGGGUAACAAGAAGCAGUGUGGGGGUUGAGCACGGCUAAGAAUCCUGGAUGAUAAUCAUACGGAUUCCCACCCACCCCUCACGCACGCUCUCGCGCGCUCUCAGUCCCAGCCCACUCAGGUCUUGAGAGCUGCUGAUGUUUGUUCAGUCUGCGGCUUAUCAAUUCCAGGAAACCCCAAAUAAAGUGAAAGUGAAACUUAAGGCAGGUUCAGUGCCAGUGAAGCUGGGCCAGAGUCGGCACUGAGCAGUCGGACCAGCUCCCAGCUCUCUAACCCACCAUGAGGGAGAUCGGUAUCAUCUUCCAGCUCUCGGUCCUCCUCGGCCUCUCCUCUGCCACAGUACCCGGCCUGCCCCCCUCGCCGGGGGAUGUGCUGGUGGAUUGCUGGUACAUCGAGGAAGGGGGCGGCCAGAGAGGCAGUUUCCCGAAAGCCGUGACUCAGGAAAAAUCCCAACUUCACCUGCGCCGCGUCUCACACAAACCCGGAGCCGAGCAGGACAUCCCCGAGCGGGUCUCCCCGAACGCGGACUUGAAACCCGGAAUGCUGUUUGACGUCACAGAUUAUUGGAACGUGAUCUGUGACCCCGGGUUUCGACGCCUUGAGCUGGCGGCCCCGAAGCCUCACUGCGAGAUUAACAAUUACGUGCCCCAGGAUUCCCACGUGCUGUGGGCUCAGGGCCUGACCCAGGACCAGAAGACCCCGGCCUACGCCUCAGGCUCCUGGUUCUCCUCCGACAUCCAGGCGGCCGACGGGAACCUCCGUGUGGCCAGUGUCCACCGGCUGGUCUCAGCCCCCGGAGAGCCGGGCACCGCCCCACGGAAAACAUCAGUGGUGCUGAACGUGUUCACACGCUCUGCGCUGGUGCGCACACGCCUGGGGGGGGACGUGCUGCUGGACUGUGGAUUUACGAUGGACAGACAGACGGGCUUCGGGGUGGAGUGGCGUUACCAGUACAAGGGCAGCGGACACCUGGUCUACGCCUAUCACGGACCCCGAGACCAGGUCCACGUGGCCCGGGACGGCACUGAGAUGCUCUUCUAUGAGCUGCACAGUCAGGGAAACGCGUCACUCCUCAUCCGCAACGUCACUCUGGAGCACGAGGGCACUUACAUCUGCACCGUCUACACACCCAACCUCCACACACAGCAGUCAAUAGACCUGGAGAUCGCAGAGCCCCCGAAGGUGACCCUGAGCCCUGACCCGCUGUACGCGGUGCCGGGAGGGGAGGAGAGGCUGAGCUGUGAGAUCACCCGGUAUUACCCGCUGGACGUCAGUGUCCGGUGGGUGAGGGCGAUGCCCGGGGUCGCCAACAGCUCCCAGGAGGUGAGGAGGUCCUGGCAGAGCGGCCACCACCAGAACCCCGACGGCACCUACAGCAUCAGCAGCUACAUCCAGAUCCAGCCCCAGGCCAGCGAUCACGGAGCCGUCUACACCUGCACCGUCCAACACGUCUCCGUCACGCAACACGUCAGGAAAAGCAUCACCUUGAGGGUCGCAGGAGCUGCUGGGCCCUCUAUAGAGGAUAUAAUGGGGCUGCUUAUUUGUGCCUUUGUCCUUUAUGGAGUCCUGAGGCUGAUCUUCUGGAUCUACAAUAAAUCAGUUUAUCCUCUGAUCUUCGGCUCGGUUCAGCAAGAGAAGGAGAAACGUAAUUGAAUCGGUGACUGCGGUGAAGAGAAGAAAGAAUGAUGAGCGGCCUUUGGGCGGACACAGGGAAGCUGUGAAGUGGAUGGUGAACUUGAAGUGGACGCUCCCCCCUUCCAUCCUCCCCCACACCCGUCCAGACUCCAUCUCCGCACAAUCUGCUUUGUAUUUUUGUAUUUUUUUUUGCUGUGAUUCUCUGCCUCGGGAUUUUCUUUGUAGUCUGGCUGUGAAUCGGACUGUGCUGUGUACAUACUGCGCUGCUGAAGGGGUUAAACUGCCCAACGUCGGGGGAAACUAAGGGGAAGGGGAAACAACAAGAACUACUUGCCCCAAAGCAUCUCAGGCCUGGGGAAGGGGUGGGAACAAGAGGUAAGGGGGGGUGGGAUAGGGGCUGGGACAUGAGGGGUGCGAGAGGGGGGAGGGAGGGAGAGGGAGGGAGGGGGAAUGAGAAGCAGGAGACGGAGAGAAUAAUUCUGAUUUAAGGUUUGGUUUCGCGGCUCUGAGUGCUGGCAGUCAUUUUAAAUGGGAUUGAAAAAUUACUCACUGAGCAAUGAUUUAAGACGCACCAAGUCCCCAAUAUGGGAGCUUGAUCAUUUGCAGCUUCCAAGCAGAGGCGAGAGUGCUACCAACUGAGUCAGGCAGACGGACAGUAAUGCAAACGUGGAAAUACUCCACAUGGAAAAAACAUGGAGUCCUGUAGCUCAGUGGUUAGAGCACUUGCUAUGCAAGUGAGAGACCUGAGUUCAAUUCCAGGCAGAGGGCGAAACCUUGGGCAAGUUUCCUUACUCCACACAGAGCCUAAUAAUAAUCCCUCCAAAACCAAAAACAAUAAUAAAUUGGUCAUUUUCAAUCUACGACUGUUUGUGGGACAUUGCUGUGCGCAAUUGGCUGCCGCGUUCGCCCACAAAUAUACAGUCAAUUCACUUUACAGUGUGUUCUGUGAAGCACUUUGGGACGUCCUCCCGACGUGAAAAGCACUAUAUCAAAUGCAAGGAAUAUUAUUAUUACUCUAAAUUGUCUCGUUUGGCAAAUUGUACAUGUUUUUGAAGUCUGCAAAUACUGUGAGCGUGCAAUUUCUAUAGAUGUGUAAACUGCGCAUAUUAGAUGACUGAGCAAAUAAAGAAUCAAACGGGGAAACCAAA